UCCGGAAAAACUCGGAAAUAUCCGAGAUGUUGCGAUUGACACUGAGCAGCAGAUGAUGCGAAAACUGACAAACGCGUAGAGUUGAAUGCGAACACCGAGAAAAAAUCUCACAAUGUGAUAUUCAUAUGGAUUUUCUUGGCAUAAUAGAUAAUGUCUUCAAAAGUGACACGAUAUCUGGGCUACCUCCUGUUUAGACUUCUACUGCCAUUGGUUCUACUAGCAGGAUGCGCUCUGAGAUACAACAUCAUUUCAUUCCUGUAUUUACUAUUCUUACUGGGCCUUCCAUUAAUUCCAACUCCAAGUUCCAAAACAGUAAAAGGAGUGACUGGUAUCUACUUAAUACUACUGAUUGUGCUGGGGGGCUUGGCGACCCUAACCCAGGGUAUUUUCCACAUUGUUCUAGCAGCCAUCCCAGGGACGUAUGGUGAAAGCUUUCCUAACUGUUCAAGUAAUGAAAAAAUCGCUAGAUUGAUAGCAGUUGAAAGACUGGAUGGAGUUCCCUUUAUCCACGUCCUGCGGUUGGCUGUGCUGGACGUGGUGGUCCUGGCUGUGGCCAUUAUUGUGUUUGUGUACUGUUAUAAAGUGUUCAGUCCCUCCCGAGACUCGCUGUCCCCCGAGGACCUCCCGUCCAUACAGUCAGGCUCCCAGAGGAGACGGUCUCAGAGACUACAGAGCUUCCUACAGUUUGUCGGGAAUUUCAUCGACGUUCUAUUUUUAGCAGCCUGCGGUAUUAUUGUGCCAUCGGUUGCCAGUGCUGUGUAUUUUAUAUCAUUUCUAUUUAUCGCCACCUGGUGGUCAUUUUAUCGGGGACUCGGACAUAAAUUUACCAUUUUCCGAAUCUGUGUUUUAAUAUGGAGUGGAUUACAUUUAGCUUUUCUUCAUUUAUAUCAAAUGCAACUUUUCCAAGAGGACUGGCUACCAUCAAGAACAUCUCUAGUGGCCAGACUACUUGGCUUAACAGCUGUAAUCAAAACGGAUUGUGACAAACCCUGGUCUGUUGAGUUCCACGAGCCGUCAAACUGGCCUUUGUUUGUUAACCCGGCCCUUCUUGUUGCCCUUUACUUCAGUGUGGCCACAGAGACCAGGAUUUGGAGAGGAUCAGAGAGCCUGGUUGUGGAGGGAGAGAACCAGUCUUAUGAGACAUUCUCCUCGACCUCACAGCCUCGGGACAAGACGGAUUCUCCCACCAUGCUGGAUUCUGAUGAGGAGGAUGGUGGAUCAACCAAAUCCAAACCCAGGAAGAAGAAAGCUAACGUCAAGAGAAACCCGGUGGCCUCCCUGUUUGUAUUCAUUAUGAAACAAAGUUAUGUCUUGUCCCUGAUUGCAAUGAUGGCGUGGAGUAUCACGUAUCACAGUUGGAUGACCUUUGUCCUGCUGUUGGCAGCCUGCUUUAUCUGGAUGGUCCCCCAGUCCCGGCGGGCGUGUCUCCUCUGCUCCCCCCUCAUUGUCUUCUACGGGGAGGCCCUCCUCAUCAUACAGUUUGUGUACGGCAUGAAUCUCAAGGAACUACCGGAGGAAAGCAACGGAAUCCAGCUGGCUGAGAUCGGACUCAAGAAAUUCAAAUAUCCCUGUCUACAACUGGCAUUACAAAUCCUGUUCACCAGUAUGUUUUGGCUGACGAUGAGACAGUUCAUCCGAGAGAGGCGGCUCCUGAAGAAACCGGACAGAACUCAGGUACCACUGGACACCAUCAACUCCGAGGAGGCUCCCCGCGGGUCGUGGUUCCAAGGCUGGAUAAGGCUGCGGGAAUUCUCUGAUCAGGAGGAGGGUGUAAGGGACAUAACUCAGUCAGGAGCGUACAUUCCAAAUUUGGAUGAGGUUGAUGGAUAUGACAGUCACACAGUCAAACAGACAGGUCAGUACCUGUGGAACCUCCUGUCUAAGUACUGGAUCUUUGUGUGUACGGGGAUGAUGUUACUCAUCUCUAUUUACGAAGUCGUCGUCUUCAGAAUCAUCUACCUCGUCCUCUUUCUUCUCUUUAUGUUGACCUUCCAGAUGAGCUACACCCUGUGGCGGGCCUCUAUGUACGUGUUCUGGUGGGUCCUUAUUGUCUACUCUAUGAUCAUCCUCGUGAUUGUCUACACUUACCAGUUCAAAGACUUCCCAGAAUACUGGCACAACAACACAGGACUGUCAUACCAAGUUUUAUCAGACAUCGGCCUGGAGCAGUUUGACACGGCCACCCUGUUUGUGAAGCUGCUGACCCCCACCAGUUUCCUGAUUCUCAUCAUACUACAGGUCCAUUACUUCCACAGCACCUUCCUCAAACUCAGCGACAUCAAACAUGUCAAAACAGAGGAGACAGAUGAUAAACCAUCAGAAGCUGUGACAACAGACACAGCAGGGGAGACAACUGACUCCGAACCUUCCAUCAUUAAAAAGGGGUUGAAAGAGAAGUUAAAAUCACACACGAUCGCGGUGUGGACUAAGUGUAGCGAGGUGUGGGCGGUGGUGUCUACGGUUCUGUGGAGGACCCUCGAGGUCCACUUUGUUAAACUGGUUCUCUUCACCAUCUUCAUGGUCAGCGUGAGUGAGGUAUCUGCCAUCGGAGGGGUGUUUGUCAUUCUCCUGGGGAUCUUAAUGCCAAUAAUCCGGGGCUGGACGCUCAUGUUACACCUGUGCAGACUUUGGACAGCUAUUGCGAUGGUGGCCAAGAUGAUUUAUCAGCUCAGCAUCAUUGAUAAGGAAUACUGGAACUCCAACUGCACAAUCAUCAAAGAUAGCAUAAAUACAACAGUACCUCCUCCGACUAAUGGCAGUAAUACAUCUAUAUACAUGUAUGAACUUGUGCCGUCAACUUUGGAUCCGUUUGGUAAUGGAACAGUAAACAACGCUGUAUGGGUCGGCCUGGACAAAGCCGGGGAAUUCUCUUCUUAUCUCAAGAACUACAUCUUGAUUCUGGUGGUGCUGAUUUUUGAGCGUGUGAUUUUCUACAGACAGACAAGGAGACGGCUCUAUACUGGGAUUGCAGACAUUCCUAAGGGGGUUAUAUUUAAUGACACCCACCGGGAAAACGCUGACAAAAACCUCCUCAGCUGUGCCAAGUAUUUUGCCAACUACUUCUUCUAUAAAUUUGGAUUAGAGAUCUGUUACAUUAUGAUGGCUAUAGUGAUCUGUGUGCGGGUGGAUGCCUACAGUGUUUUGUACGCCAUCUUCUUAGGUAUAUUGCUGCUACUGAAUCGACACAAGAACGCCAUUGUCUGGCCGAUAUUCACCAUCGUACUCACAGUACUGUUACCUGUGCAGUACGUGUUCUGUUUGGGGUUCCCACCUGGUGCCUGUAUAGAGUAUCCAUGGAAUUUUGACACAGAAACAGAGAAGAACUUGGAAAAUUGGUUGUACCUUCCAAAUUACUUCAACCCACCAAAUGUGUAUAAGCUUAUAGGGGACUUUUUCCUGCUGCUGUUUGUGUGUCUACAGGGACAGGUGUUUAGAACUGAGGCUCAGUUCCACAAGGAUUCAGAAGCGAGGUAUGGGGGAGGUAGUAAUGAGGAUAUACUGCCAGAAGUGGAGGCCAACCUGCCUAUCCCUGUCGCUGACUUUACCACUGUCAGGGAAUCCUACCUGGACGUCGUUAAGAGCGGUUUCUUUUCGUACAUGUACUGGGUGACCCUGUUCAUCAUCUUUCUGGCCGGCACCAAUCGAAUCAACCUGUUCAGCAUGGGCUACAUCAUCGGGGCUCUGUGUUUCAUGUGGUACGGACAGGAAUUCAUUCUAAAACCACUCAGAAAGAUCAGAAGAAGCUGGAACACAUUCCUGGGCUACACAGUCAUUGUGAUAUUCCUGAAGGCUUCGUUACAGCUGCUGGGCUGUGUUUACAUUGACUACCUGUACAACAAUCACUGCUGGUUGGUUCAGCUGCUGGGACUCACCUGUCUAUCUCCCUCCAUCAUGUAUUCACCAGGUGGCAGUGGUUUUGAGUGUAAGGUGGAGAUAGACGAUUCAGGACUGAGCUGGGACGUGGUUUGUUUAACGUUUCUUCUCUUACAAUUACGGAUCUACAAGAGUCACUACUUCCGACACAUCGUGGCCAGCGCGGAAGCCCAGAAUGCACUAGCUGCCAGGGGAGCUCAACUUAUCAAUGAGAUCCUGAUAACCCGAGUCCAGGAACAGAGAGAGGAUGAGAGAAAAGUCCUGGAGAAUAUCAAAAAGAAAAUGGAGUUUCUCCGGCAGAAAAAGUUUCAAGGAAGCACCAGAAACUUCCUGGAACCAGAUGAACAUUUUCAAGCGAUCCGUUCUGGUGACUACUACCUGUUUGAGGACGAUGACGUCCAUGCUGAGGACCCGACCAGUAUCACCAUCGGAGGAGACUCUGAGGAAGACGAGGACAAGGACAAGGCAGAUCCUAUCAAGUUGAUAUCCACAGCCAUAGAAUCAGGUCCUAAAGCUGCUGUGGAACAAGCUGAAGACGAGGAAGAAGAUAGUGAGCAAGACGAAGCAAUCAAAGAGGAAGAAAAGAAAGAAGAAGAUGAAUCUAAGUUAGAAAAAGUGAAGUACAUCUUUAAACUGAUUCAGAAGUUACUGGAGGAGUUGGCUGAUUGGAUGAUAUACAAAUUUAACAACAUCUCCAAGAACCACCGCCUGGUGGCUACGGAACUAGAGCGUGAGAUGAGAGCUCAGAAGCAGAGGAUUCAGAGAAGCAAAGCCAGACCUAAAGUCAAGGAUGAGACAGUCAGCCUAGACAUACCGGAGGACGGGACCACAGGGCCGACAGGGGCCAGCAGAAGUGAAGUUGAUGUGACAGAAAUUAGUGUAGUCACCACCGAGGAUCUUGGAGGAGAUUCAGUGGAUGGAUUACAGGGUAAACCCUCCACGAAGUUUGAGACAAACAAGAACAAGAUCUUCCUGCUGCUGGAGGCGACCUACUAUGUCGUGGUGUCGCGGUCAGAGCUGGUCUGUUACUUCCUGAUGAUUCUGAAUCAGAUCCUGUACUGCAGUCUGCUCUCCCUACCCCUCCCUCUCAUGGUGUUCCUGUGGGGCAUGCUCUCAGUGCCACGCCCCUCCAAGACUUUCUGGAUCACGGCCAUCACUUACACAGAGGCGGUGGUAGUUGUGAAGUACUUGUUCCAAUUUGGAUUUUUCUCCUGGAAUAAUAACACCGACAUAAACACUGAGCCCUUCUGGCCCCCGCGUAUCAUCGGUAUCGAGAAGAAAGACGGCUUUGUGACAGCGGAUCUAGUGCUUCUAUUGGCUCUGUUCAUACACAGAUCUGUCCUCAAGAGAUAUGGCUUGUGGAAGGAUGCUGAUUCUAUCUCAGCUGACCUGGUUAAAAUCGAGGAACAUUUAUCUGUACCAACUACACCAGUACAGGAGGAAGCCAAGCCUCUAGAAAGCAGCAGGACUACACAGGACAGUAAUGGAGAUGAUAGACCAAGCCUCCAGUUGGUGUUACAGCCGUUUAAGAGUUUCUACAGUCAGCUGACCGACCCUAAAUACAACGCUACCACCGACGUGUACGCCUCCAUGUUCCUGUGUGACUUCAUCAACUUCCUCAUCCUCGUGUUUGGUUACUGGGCAUUUGGUCCAGAGCAAACCUCUGGUGGAGACAAUGUAACAGAGUACAUCUCUGAGGACAGGAUUCCAGUUCCAUUCUUGAUUAUGCUGUUGACCCAGUUUAUCCUGAUCAUCGUUGACCGAGCCCUUUAUCUGAGGAAGAACAUCCUGGGGAAGUUUAUCUUCCAGAUUCUCCUCGUCAUCCUUAUCCAUGUGUGGCUCUUCUUCAUCCUGCCUUAUGUCACAAAAAGGAGAUUUUCUGAGAACACUCCAGCCCAGUUAUUUUACUUCUUUAAGUGCCUAUACUUUGGAUUGUCAGCUUACCAGAUAAGAUCCAGCUAUCCCACCAGAAUACUUGGAAAUUUCCUAACCAAGAAAUACAACUAUCUCAACUUGUUCCUCUUUAAAGGGUUCCUGGCUAUCCCGUUCCUGUUGGAGUUGCGGGUCCUGAUGGACUGGAUCUGGACUGACUCUACCCUGGCCAUAGGAAGCUGGCUACAGAUGGAGGACAUCUACGCCAAUAUAUACGUCCUCAAGUGCUGGAGGGAGGCCGAAAGGAAAUAUCCGACCCCUCGCUCUCAAAAGAAAGGUUCUCUGAUAAAGUAUGGUGUCGGAGGAUUGUUGCUGGUUCUCGUGAUCUUUAUAAUCUGGUUCCCGCUGGUCAUCUUCUCCUUUGCCAACACAGUUUACGUCAGUAACCCGCCAGUUUCUGUGACGGUGUCAAUUGCCAUUGGAGGAUUUCAGCCCUUAUUCAAAGUUCAGGCACAGCAACAGAGCAUAGAAACCCUAAGUACAGCUCAAUACAAUGACCUGCUGACCUACUUCAAUGACAUGGGAAAUAAGAAAGCUGUGAGUAACCUGAACAGAUACGAGCCUGAGGACAUCACGAUUAUAAAGCUGAAUGGGAAGUCGACAUCCGUGUGGGGGAUUAGUCCCCCCAGUAAGACGGAGUUACGGAACUUCCUCAACAUGACUGUUGGGGCACAGAUAGAGUUCGAGGUUAACUUUGUCAGAAACCCCACCUCCAGCGAUGCUAGUCAGUCCUUAACAUCUCAUCUGAUGGACACCCUGGAUGACCCAACCAGAAUGAAACUGGCCAAGCACCUAACAGACACCAGUAACCCUGUGACAAUUCUCAAACUUUUUACUCGCUUCUUCCGACUAUCAAAGAAGGCAUCCAAUGUGCUUACAUUUAUCCCUAAGAGUAACGUCUCCAUGCAGUUGAGUAUGAACAAUGUGACAGAAUGGUGGAACGUGAAGGAGCUGAUCUCCACGUCCCAGCCCGAGCGCCUGUGUCCCGACCCCCAGAUCAAAAACUGCGGAAAUUCCUCGGACUACCUGACACUGAUCACCCUGAACGACCGAGCUGCACCGGCCGGCUUCUCUCUCAUCACAGGAUACGGAAUAAUUGGUUUGUAUGUGACCUUCAUUCUGUUGAUCGGUCGUAUCCUGCGACUGAGCACCACCGGGCUGGCGGAGAGAAUUACGUACCUGGAGCUGCCCUACGUAGACAACAUGUUACAGCUCUGUCUGGACGUCUAUCUGGUCCGAGAGAUGCACGAGUUCAGACUCGAGGAAGAUCUGUACGCCAAACUCAUCUUCGUGUACCGCUCCUCUGAGACCCGAGUCAAGUACACUCGACUUCCCAAGGAACUCAUCAUCACAGACGCCAAGAAAAACGACCCUGUACAUCUUCGUUGUAGCAUCAUUGGUCUGUACGUCUCCCUGGUACUGGUGAUUGGGCGAUUCGUUCGUCUCUAUUUUUCUGGCAGCUCGUACAACAUCGUGUUCCAGGAGCUGCCUAACGUGGACAACAUUCUCAAUCUGUGUUUGGACAUUUACAUGGUGAGAGAGAGCCGGGACUACCGCAUGGAGGAGUACCUGUUCUCAAAGCUUAUCUUCCUGUACCGGUCGCCAGAGACACUUUUUAGAUGGACCAAAAUUAAGUACAGCUGAUAAUUUUAAUAUAGGUUUUUUAAGUCAUAGAUACAAGUGCUGCCAAAAUGAUUUAUAGCCUGAAAAGUGUUCUGUAUACUGUGUGGUAUGGUAUGAUUCAUGAAACAUUUUAGAUUGAAAAUUUUCAUUUUUUCAUUUUUUUUUAAAGAUGUACAUGAAAUUGUAUAUAAAUGCUUACAGGGUAUUUAAUUUCAUGAACACAGUUAUGUGAAUAUCAUUUCUGGAAACAAUUUAACUGAAUCAAGUGCCUUUCUUGCAUUAUUUUCCCUGCCAGUGGAUUUUUCAUUUGAAAAUCUUAUUUAGAGAAGAAUUAUCUCCCUUUAAUCAUCUGCUUAUUUAAAAAAAAGAGUUAAAAUUUGGUUUCUUCAUCACUCUUUUGUGCCUUUUAUUGAAAUAUUAAUUAAACUUUUUGAAUUGUAAAACAAUGAAGGUCAAUGCUAGAAUAGCAAAUAAAUGAGUAGAGAGGUCACAUUUGGUGAUAAUGAUAGUUUUAAUGUGUAUAAUAAUAUUAGUGUUCAUGAUUUUAUAAACAUGAUGAUUUUUACCUUCUGUAGAGAUUGAAAAAAUAUGCUCUGUUUUUAAAGACCUUUUAAUUCAGAAAGUAUAGUCUGAGGGCUUCACAUAGAUUCAAAUUCUUAUAUUUUAUGAUUUUGCAUGUCGCAUAAAAAAUUCUUGCUGCAUGACUAGCAUGUACACCUAAUAAAACUUGUUAUUCAUUUGCAAAAAAAAGUUGGAGCAGAUAAAGUAAAGUAUUUUGCUUGUGUGCAUGUGAUGUCUGUGUGUAAAGGGGGGGGGGGGUUGUUAGUUUGACCUUUUGUGCAUCAUAAUGGAAAUGAUGUAAUUUGCAUUGGUAUCCAUGUUGAAUACUGUCUUUAUUUAAUAUAGAUGUGCUCUUUUGCAAGGGGAAGCCCAGCUUUGCUCUUAUAUUCUUAUAACAGAAGAACCAAAUAUAAUGCAGGAAAUUUAAAGAAUUUUAACAAAAAAUGGGGUCAGGUAUUAAACAUUGCUUACUUCUGUCAUAAGAAUGAUUUUGUUGUUAGGCAUUAUUUCCUGUUUAGUUAGACUUAUGUCAUAUUUAUCUAGUCAAUAGCUGUUGCAUGAUUUUUUUUUGUGUGCUGUAAACAAGGGUAUUUAAACUGUGAAAUGUAUAAUCAUAUCACAUAACUACCUCCUUUAGUCCUAUGGAAUUUAGACAAUGGUUACUAGUACUUCAUUGUAGCCAUUUUCGAAAUAAUAAACACACACAAAAAUUUGGCUGAAAAAUGGAAUUGCAUGUAAUAUAUUAUUUUAUUUCAUUGAAAAAUGAUAUCUCUAGAAAAGAAAAUAAAUAAUAAUUUGGGAAAAAAAAAUCAGGAUUUAAAUUUCAUACAGCUGAACUUCUUUUUUUUUUUGUUUUCACUUUUUUUGUGUGUGUGUGUGUGUUUUUUUUUUUUUUUUGGUUUGAGGUUCUUUGGUAAUUUAAUUUUGGUUAAAAAUAUCUUUAAGAAAAAACAAUUUUAUUACUAGUAACACAAUGUUGAGAUGGAGGAAUAACUAAUUUACAGUCUAUAUAUACCUACAGGUAGUAGUUGUGUUGUUUUUAUUUUUAAUCCCUGUUUAAAUUAAUCAUUCACACACUUUUUAAAAAAAUAUCAUAUUGAAGGAAAGCCUAUGUAUUUUAGUGUUCAUAUUUUUUAAACUCCCAUCGAAAUAACAGGAUAAUGAUCUCUUGGGAAAUGAGUGCUCAGACACUCUGUAUAAUCUAAAAUAGCCGGCUAAGUACAACUUAAAAUUAAUACAAUCAACACAUUACUAUUGAAUCUUAUGAUUAUUGGUUUCCUUUUUACAAGUAUUGAAUGAGAACACUGAAAUUUUUUCAAAUUUAAAAAAAUAAAACUUAUAUUGCUUGUUCACAGAGAUCUGAAAUCCCCAUGUAUGAGUUUUGAAAUAUGUAUGUAUUAAGGUUCAUAACCCUCUGCUCACUCAUAUGAUUUUUUUCUUUAACUUUUAUGAUUUUCCAAAGCAAAUGUAUAUGCUGAAUAAAAUACAAACAAUUAUAGCAUGGCCUGCGGGGCAAAAUUUGACAAAAAAGGCACUUAAACUUGACAAAUUUAUAAAGGAAUAAUAGACAUUUGUGUCAUUAAGAGUUAUCUCUCUUAUCAGAGUAUCAAUGAACCUUAAUGUAGUAAUCAUUUUGAAUUUUUUUUAAAGAGAAGCCUUUUGUAUAAUUAUAGAUGCAGAAUAUGCAUUCAAUUUUAAAUAAAUGGAUUUUUAAUUCUAAUUUUAAUGACCAGAAAACCACAAAAACCACUCAUUUUACACCUGAAUGAUUUACCUUUACUAGGUAACUCAAAUGAUAACAUCAGACAACAACCAAGUUUAUUUUAAAAGAUAUAAUUACUAGCAGUUCCCAAGUCUUUAUGAAUGAACCAUUUUUUUCCCUUCGGAAAAUAGUGUUAAUGUAUGAAAAUUUAUGUAAGUAGAGGGCGAUUAGAUUUGAGUCCCAGUCUAUUUGACUGAUUGGUUAACAAUAAUAGAUUCUUAUAUCUUUGUUAUGUAAUGUAGUUUUACUCUGUAAUUAAAUACUAGGAAUACUAAAUAUAUCACAGUCACCACAAAUGUAUGGCAUAUUUAAGGGCCUGUAUCCACGUUUUUGUGCUACCAAUAGUUUUGUGUGCAUUUUUAAUUCCACCAUAACUUUUAUCCUCCUAUCAGGUGUUUUGCUCAUUUAUUACCAUUUUCCCCAAAUCAUGUGCAAUAGUCAUUUCAUAUUUGUCAUUUUGUUUUCAUUGAAUAAAUGCUUGCUAUCAAA